AUGGUUGAAUCCACUGGACUGGUAGUUAUUGAUGCCGAUGGACAGGUUGUUGUUGACGCAGCUGGUCGUGCUGUUAUUGAAGACACUGGACAAGUUUUUAUUGAAGAUACUGGACUUGUAGUUAUUGCAGACUAUUGGGUAGUUGUUGUUGAAGACACUGGACUUGGUUUUGAGGACAUUGGAUUGAUAGAUGUUGAAGACACCGAGCUUGUUGUUGAGGACAUUGAGUUGAUAGAUGUUGAAGACACUGGGCUUGGUGUUGAGGACAAUGGGCUGUAUGGACAGAAACUGGCAAAAAGUCUACAAGAUGAGUUAUACCAUGUUUACCAAGCUAAUGAUUGUAACAGUUUGGAAUGUAAAAAGAUCACACGUUCCGUAGUGCCCAUCCAUGGGUUAUCUUUUGAAACUGAUUACAAGUUUAAAGUGACAGCUGUUAGUAGAAAUGGUGUUAUUGCAAACGCUUCAGUUGCCAACUGGAUCACGACUAUUAAAGCAACGGACCUUGUUCAGAGUCCAUCAGGCGUAAAAAUUGAAGAACAAAAAGUCCACAAUGGAAUGAUGAGUGCCUUGUUACACUGGAAUAUUGAGAAAGAUCCUUCUUGCUUUUAUGAACUCCACUUGAUGACAAGUAAUCCACUGAACUCUGAACACAAAAGUGAUAAACUAAGGGCACCUCCAAUUUCAAAAUACUGGAUUAAUAAUUUGCACUUUGGAAGUAAUUAUACCUUACAUAUGAGCAGUUAUCCCAAUUCAGAAUUUACCGCCGGAAGUGUGGAGAUAGUCACGUGGUUCGUCACUGCUGAUUGUCUGCAAGCUACCAAUUAUAACUAUCAUCUCUGCGGUCCAGACGAACCCAGAAACGUGACAGGUGAACUCAUAUUGAAUCCCGAUAAUACAUCAUCUUGUUCGGUGAAUGUAUCCUGGAUACAGCCUCGUUAUGGAGACGACUAUACUGAGAUGUUCUCAUACCUGAUUAAAUGGUACAAAAUAAUCCCAAUACACCUCAGCAAAUACCACAAACCACAUCAAUCAUCUACACAGGUCAAAGGGAAUAGGACUUGGGUUGAAGUACAUGAUAUCCACUGGGACUAUAACUAUAGUAUCAGCGUACAGGCAAAAUCUACAAAAGGCCAUAGUAAACCAGUUAUACUUAUUGUAGCUCAUGAAGGUUGUCAGUGGACAGCUCCAUUAGAAUUUACAGGAGGUAAUCGCUCAAAUUUGAAUUUAAUACUCGGAGGAUCAGCUGGUAUAUCUGUAAUCAUCAUAGUUCUGUCAUUAGGUAUUUGUCUUCGAAUAAAAUUACAACGACAACAGAAAUGCAAUUCUAACGAAGGCAGAGAGGAGGAAAUGAAUCCUUUGUACUAUAGGGGUACUGACUACAUUACAAAAGUUGAAUCCGAUGACUGUUACGAAAUAGACUUUUCAUCUCUGAUCCUACUAGAAGUACUAGGAGAGGGUGCCUUCGGAAAAGUUUACAAGGCUAAGUUGAAAGACAACAAACUCUCUAAAGAGAAAGAUUUUAUUGUAGCAGUCAAAAUGCUAAAAGAUUAUCAUGAUUUUCUUGAAAAGAAGAGUUUAUUACUGGAGAUUGAGUUUAUGAAACGUUUAGGAAGUCAUCCUCAUAUAGUUAGUUUUAUAGGAUGUUGUAAAAGAGACACCAUUUGUUUGUUGAUGGACUAUUGUCAACUAGGAGAUCUACGUUCGUUUCUCUUACGUUACCGUCGAGGUUUACAGACUGAUUAUAGAACAUUCCGACUUUCCUCAGACGACGACAGUGGUAUGAAUUCUUCAGGGGAAAGUGCAACCUCAUCUCAGUCACCAACAGAAUUACACCAGACACGUUUACUGUCCUACGCCAGGCAGAUUGUGUUAGCGAUGGAAUACAUGGCAUCAAGGAAGUUCAUCCACAGAGACUUAGCCGCCAGAAAUAUAUUAAUGUAUGACGAAGAGCGAAUAAAAGUGUCUGAUUUUGGUCUGACACGAGAUAUUUACGAACGAAAUCUUUAUCAACCUACCUCAGCCAGGAAGUUGCCAUAUAAAUGGAUGGCGCUUGAAGCCAUCUUUGACCAGGUGUUUACAAUAAAGUCAGACGUCUGGUCGUUUGGUAUUGUUUUAUGGGAGAUUGUUACUUUAGGAGGAAGUCCCUAUCCAGGAAUUCCAAACAAAGACUUGUUUAAAUUGCUCAAAGAGGGAUAUCGUAUGGAAAAACCAGAAAACUGCAGUUUGGAAGUAUACCAAUUAAUGUUGUCUGUGUGGCAUCCUAAUCCGUACUGCAGACCCUCAUUUACAGAAUUAAGGAAGAAGUUAGAAGCGAUGUUGGAACAGACGAAACCAUAUAUAAAUUUGUCUGUGGCUGUUUCUAAAGAUUACUAUGAAUUGUCUUCUAUUAGUGACCAUUCUGACAGAGGAUCAUUAGAUACAACCGAACAUACAACUUAUGUUGAAAUGUCAGCAACAGACAGUAUACUAACAUACGAGACACCACUAAAUGGAUAAACUAAUAAAAUAAUAACAUUCGCCUGCUUCAAAUGGCAGCGGUAAAUUGAUCAAUAUAAAAAACGUAUUGGUGUAAAAUUGAAAAUGUUGUAUGGCCUGGUGAACGAUAAAACAUAUUUUUAAACUGACAUUUUCGAGGAAUAGUUUGAAUUCAAUAAAACAUUGAAAGUACCCAAUGUAUAAACCAUAAAACAGAAUAAGUGAAACUAUAAUUGUAAUAUCGUUAAUCUGGCUAAAGGUACACUCACAGUUGAAUGUUG